AUGCAAGUAGAAUUCUCGUGCAGUCUGGAAAUAUUAGAAUUAAAUAUUCUAUUUAUAUUUGAUAAUGCAAAAGAUGCCGAUAAUAUUAGUGAAUUGAUAAUAAAUUUACCAAACAAUGUUCGAACAAUCAUAACAAUUAAAAAUAAUAAUUUGAAAGAUAAUUUCAAGUUUGGCAACGAAUCAAAUUUGGAAAUGAAACCAUUAACUAGAAGUGAAUGCAUUGAAUAUAUACAAAACGUUGAUAAAAAGAGAAAGUUUAAUCAAUUUCAAGCAGAAAAACUAAUUGAUCUGAUAAAAACAAAUGAAAAAGAAGUGUAUUCAUUUAAAUUAUCAAAACAUUGCAUUUAUUUAGAUGAAAAUUUUAUAAGCAUAGAUAUACUCAAAGAAAUAUUAACAGAAGAAAAAAGUAAUAAUGAAAUUGAUAUCGAUAAAGAAAAACAAGCGCUAGAAGAUCUUUCAUUGAAAACGAAGCUAUUAGAAAAGUUGGUUAAAGCCGUCGAUAAUAAAAUGUCAGAAAUUCAUGAUAUGCCUAACGGUGAUUGGACUAAAGCAGAAAUAUACUAUAGACAUGCAUAUAAGUUGAUAAAUAUGAACCUACCACAAGAAAUUCAAGACAACGAAAAUUUAGCCACUUUGUAUUUAAAAAUAGCAAAAUACGAUGAAAACAUAAUCUACAAUUUUGACAAUUUAAUAAAAUAUUAUGAAAAUAAUUCGAAAAUAAUAAAAACAUUAUAUGACGGUAGCCAUCCAGAUGUCGCAAGAUCAUUGAAUAAUGUUGGAUCGACUUACCAUAAAUUAGGAGAUGCACAAAAAGGAUUACAAUAUAGAGUAGAAGCAUUAGAAAUGUUUCGAGAUUUAUAUAAAGGAAGUCAUUGA